AUGAAGGUUCUCAUCGUCGGUGGUACGGGUUACCUCGGCCAGUUCCUCGUCAAAGCGUUUCUGGAGCCAGGAAACGCGGCGGAGGCUGAUGGUUACUCCACGCGCGAUGACGUGGCGUUGACAUGCUGCUCCUCCCCGCCAACUGCGGAGCAGGUGGCCGCGCUCGGCGGGCCGCGCGCGUUCCGCGUGGAUCUGGCGAGCGGUGACGGGCUCGCGACGUGCAUUGCGGAAUUCGGACUGGUUG